AUGAUGCAUACUUAAAUUUCAAAGCAAACACAUUUCAAAGAGAAGAUGAUAACUUCACUCACCUAUGCAUUGGCAUUUUGCCUAAUUGCUAUCAGUGUUCAUAUUAAUGUUGCUGCUGAUAAACCUUAUUAUGCAACUCAGCCAAAGUACUACUCUUCACCACCUACAAAGCAUACAGAAUAUCCAUCCUCACAAAAAGUCCCACAGCAUGCAGAAUAUCCAUCCUCAAAGACAGUCCCACAGCAUGCAGAACACUCACACAAUUAUCACAAAUUAACUCCAUCAUAUACAUACAAAUCUCCACCACCUCCACCUUAUAUUUAUAAGUCACCACCGCCACCUUCUCCCUCACCUCCUCCACCAUAUAUCUACAAAUCUCCACCCCCACCAUCUCCAUCACCACCCCCUCCUUAUGUUUAUAAGUCACCACCACCACCUUCUCCCUCACCUCCCCCACCAUAUGUCUACAAAUCUCCUCCACCUCCCUCUCCAUCACCUCCGCCUCCGUAUGUCUACAAGUCUCCACCUCCUCCGUCCCCUUCACCUCCUCCACCAUAUGUCUACAAGUCCCCACCACCACCUUCUCCAUCACCACCACCUCCAUAUGUGUACAAAUCUCCACCCCCACCAUCCCCAUCACCACCCCCUCCAUAUGUUUACAAGUCACCACCACCACCUUCUCCCCCACCUCCGCCACCAUAUGUUUACAAAUCUCCUCCUCCUCCGUCUCCAUCACCACCGCCUCCCUAUGUCUAUAAGUCUCCACCUCCUCCGUCUCCUUCACCUCCACCACCAUAUGUCUACAAGUCCCCACCACCACCUUCUCCAUCACCGCCACCUCCAUAUGUGUACAAGUCUCCACCACCGCCAUCCUCCUCACCACCACCUCCAUAUGUUUACAAGUCACCACCGCCACCUUCUCCUUCACCUCCCCCACCAUAUGUCUACAAAUCUCCUCCACCUCCCUCUCAUUCACCAGCGCCUACGUAUGUGUAUAAGUCUCCACCUCCUCCGUCCCCUUCACCGCCACCCCCAUAUGUGUACAAGUCUCCACCACCGCCUUCUCCAUCACCGCCACCUCCAUAUGUUUACAAGUCACCACCGCCACCUUCUCCUUCACCUCCCCCACCAUAUGUCUACAAAUCUCCUCCACCUCCCUCUCAUUCACCAGCGCCUACGUAUGUGUAUAAGUCUCCACCUCCUCCGUCCCCUUCACCUCCUCCACCAUAUGUCUACAAGUCCCCACCACCACCUUCUCCAUCACCGCCACCCCCAUAUGUGUACAAGUCUCCACCACCGCCUUCCCCCUCACCACCACCUCCAUAUGUUUACAAAUCUCCACCGCCUCCAUCCUCUUCCCCUCCCCCUCCAUAUGUUUACAAGUCUCCACCACCACCAUCUCCUUCACCUCCUCCACCAUAUAUCUACAAAUCUCCACCACCACCAUCCCCGUCACCCCCACCUCCAUAUAUUUACAAGUCUCCUCCCCCACCAUCUCCUUCACCACCUCCUCCAUAUGUGUACAAGUCUCCACCUCCACCUUCCCAUCUUCCACCAUAUAUCCACAAAUCACCCACUCCUAAUGUCCACAAGCAUCCAGCUUAUCACCUUCCCUACCUCUACAACUCUCCACCACCACCUCCAAGAGUCUAUUAAUGCAGCUGAAUCAACUUAAUUUGUUUCAAUAAAAUUAUUCCAUACAUUGUUGUUAUUUCAUUUAUAUCAGGGUCUACAUCAAAUAGCAUUGUUAUGAAUGUAGACCUGUUGUGUCAUUAUGUUUCAUUGUUAAUUCAAAAGUCUGUUUUGUCCUGAA